UGGCAGAAACUGAAGGCACCGAACAGCAAAAAGACCGCCCAGCAAUUUAUGACUUUGAAGUUCCGGUUAUAGUAGGUGGAAAAAAAGGUAAAGCCUUGUGCGACCAGAUAAAGGUUUAUAAUGAAACGAGAUUAAUUAAGAAAGAAGAGAGAUUAGGAGUUUUAAGUGAAAAGGAAAUGAAAGAAAUUGGUGAGAAAGUUUUAGCAUUUCAAAAGGGCGGCGUAGGAAAAUCUACUUUAGCCCGUGCUUUGGCUGUAGAGGCUACCCGAGCCGGUUUAAAAACUCUGCUCGCGGAUUGUGAUCCAGGGCAGGAGACUAGUUAUAAGUGGAGUAAGAGGCGAGAACGGGAGCCUAAAGUUGCAGUUCAAGUUUUUAGUGAUUUUGCUACGGCCUACCAAGCCGCUCAAAAAGGAAAAUAUGAUUUACUAAUUAUUGAUGGUCCGGCUAUGAUUAGUGCCAUGACCAAGGAGAUUGCCAAGCAAGCUGAUUACAUUAUCCAACCCGUUAAGCCUUAUUUAGAUGACUUAGAACCUGCUGUGGUUGAUUAUAAUUCUUUAGUCAAAGCAGGGAUUAAGAAAGAUAAAUUAAUUUUGGCUCUUAAUCAAGUGCUUAAUACUAAUAGUGAAAAAGAUGCUCGGGAUUAUUUAGCCACCACUCCUUAUAAAGUGCUUAAAAAUAGUUUGCCUGAGCGAGUUAGUUAUGGACUGGCUCAAAAUGAAGGUUGGGCUAUUACUGAAAUAUUGCAUCCCUCGCUAAAAACUAAAACUGAAAAAUUUUUAGAAGAAUUAAUCAAUACUAUUACUUAA